CUGCACCGACCUCGCUUCCACCGUCAUCUCAUCUCCAUCCAUCCAUCCAUCCAAUUCCAUAAUAUCUAACCUUAUUCCGUACCCAAAAUAUCGACACUUGACUUGCUCUCCAAAUUUUACCCCCGUUCUCCUCCCCAACUAACAGUCCAACCCAGCUCCUAACCGUGUAUCGCUGUUAUCUCUCUUUUUCCUUUUCACAUUUCUUUCCUUACUGAGCAAGAUUUCUUGCUCCGAAUUCGCCUAUAAAAACUAAUGUUUCGGAAUACAAGAUACGAUCGCAGUCGAUAAAUACCACUGAAGGCAAGUUUACAAUCUGAAAGAUGUCAAGGGAGAUCUGGGCUGUUCCCUUUUUUGGGCAAGGCCAUCUCUUGCCAACCAUGGAGCUCUGCAAGCACAUCGCCUCCAGGGACUUCAAAACCACCCUCCUCAUUUCCUCCAACCUCUCUUCUUCUGUCCCCUCCUCUUUCCGCCACGUCCCUCUCCUCCAUGUCUUGGAAAUCCCAUCGCCUCCACCGCCUCCUCCCCAGCCUGGAUCCGACCCCAUGCACCAGCACCGUAGACACCACGGCAACCUGGCUCUAGGCCUUGAAAACCUCCUCUCGGCCCGAGCCAAAAGCCCAAACCCAGAGCUGCCAGUUUGUGCCAUUCUCGACGUCAUGAUGAGCUGGAGCGCUGAAGUUUUUCAAAAAUUCAAUGUCCCAACGGUCGCUUUCUUCACAUCCGGCGCCUGCUCUGCGGCCAUAGAGCAUGCGAUGUGGAAGGCCCACCCGCUGGAUAUUCAACCUGGAGAGGUCCGGUUACUCCCCGGAUUACCUGAAAACAUGGCUCUCACCCAAUCGGACCUCAAGCAACGGCCUCAUGGGCCACCGGGGCCGCCACCGCCAACCGGUGGUGCCCCACCAGGCCGGGGUGCCGAUUUCCAUCCACCCCCGGGUCCCGGACCGAAGAUGAUGGGCCCACCCAAACCCGGUCAGCAACCACCAUGGGUGGAGGAGGUGAAGAACACAAUCGCGCUGCUGAUCAACACGUGCGACGAUCUCGAGCGUCCAUUUAUCAGUUACCUCACACAUCAAGUCGGGAAACCGGUCUGGGGCGUGGGCCCGCUUCUGCCACAGCAGUACUGGCAGUCGUCCCGUUCACUUCUCCACGACCGGGAAAUCCGAACCAAUCGACGGUCGAACGUCACGGAGGACGAAGUGAUCAAAUGGCUGGAGUCGAAGCCACGCGCGUCCGUCCUCUACGUUUCGUUCGGCAGUGAGGUGGGUCCAACCAUGGAAGAGUACCCACAUCUAGCCGACGCACUAGAAGCCUCAAGCCGGCCAUUCAUAUGGGUGAUCCAACCCGGUGCAGGCAGAUCGGGUCCACCUCGUCAAUUACUCGGGAACCAACCCGGUUCGGAAGAAGAAGAGGGUUACUUCCCACAGGGCUUGGAUGAACGAGUUGGCGACACGGGUUUGAUAAUACGCGGAUGGGCACCACAGCUGCUGAUACUGAGUCACCCAUCAACCGGAGGAUUCUUGUCUCACUGCGGUUGGAACUCUACGGUGGAGGCGAUAGGGCGUGGGGUCCCAUUUUUGGUGUGGCCCAUCAGGGGUGACCAAUACUAUAAUGGGAAGUUGGUGGCGGUCCAUCUCAAAGUUGGGUACAUGGUUUCUGAUGAUCUUUCGGAACCCAUAACCAAGGAAGAUAUAGGAAAAGGAAUAGAGAAGCUCAUGGGGGACGAAGAUGUGAAGGAGCGAGCUUUGUUGCUUAGCACUGAGUUUCAGCAUGGGUUUCCGGCGAGUUCUGUGGCUGCUUUGGAUGCUUUUCGGGAUUUUAUCAAACAGAUAGUUGCUUAGCUGUUUAGCGUUUUCCUUUUUGGUUCUGAAUAAAUCUAAUAUUAUUACACGUAAAAGUACAAACUUCUAUC